AUGAAUUCUCCGUCCAGUUCAAAUCCCAGUAGUAGUGUCGCGCCGGUGACUCACACUGCUGUCGCGUCGCCAUCAGCAGCGACACCAGGCUCAACCACGCCAGCAAUAGAAAACUCGACGACGAUGACGAGUUCCUCCACGACAGGAGCAACACAUCAUCCCGACGCAUCCAGUGUCAACGUGGGCCCCCCAUUGCGACGAAUGUCGAACCUGAGUCUCAACGCCCCGAUCGACAUGCUGCCCGUCGGCAGCCGGGCCAGUGUCGGAUCUGACGCCCGGAUAGAGGCGCAGGCGUACAUCCGGCGCCAGUUGUCCAUCAUUUCUCUGGAAAACGGCGCCGGUCAGCAGCAGGGCGACUCUGACGAGUCCUGCUGGACGAAAUUCGCGAGGGCCUGUUGCGUUUUGCCUCGCGGCUCAUCGUGCUUCAAGGCGCCGAAUCGCUGCACGCGUCGGCGCAGUUCCAAGGAUGACUACCUCGACCCAAAUGUCUCUGAGCAAAACGUCGCUGUAGCAGCCAUUUUGCAAAGUGAGGAUCAACAAACAUCACAGAAUACCUGGUUACUUGAUCCAAAUUCUCCAGCACUCAUGGACUCCCUGGAACAACCGAAGAAACAGAAGCAGCCAUUCGACAACGCCUCUUUCGUCCCCGACGACUUGGACGAUAUCAAGUCAAUUUCUUCCGCCUCGACGCAAAUAUCGUUGCCGAACGCAGCCGGGCAAAAAAAGCGCAGCAAGGACGAGAACGCGUUGCGCAAAAUCGCAGAAACCUUCGCCGCGAAGCUGACCCGCCUCAAGGAAACCAAGCCUGGAAGCAGCAGAAAAAAUGCAAAUAACAUAAGCAACAACAACAACAACGACAGCAUCACCAACACGAACAGCGAGCGUCGCAAUCGCGACAGGUCACCCAAAACCGCGGGGUUCUACGACUUUGGAUACUCGUCCUCGUCGGCGGCGACGGUGGCGGCUGCGGCGUCGACGCCAAGUGGCGGCGAGCAGGAUUCGCUGACGUCGGGUCAACCCGGCGACGAGGAAUGCGCAGUGAUUCAAGCCGGGUGCGAGGGUCGGUACAGGAGACUGUCGUUCGACAGUCGACCCGUGACCCCGAUCGGUGUCACGAGCAAAGAGCGGCGGGCCUCGGUUUCCAUCGACGUUCCCGUCGCUAUUCUGCGGAUGACCCCGAUCAAUGACCCCCGCUGAAAUGCGAUUAGAUGCGGGAACCAGGAAAAAAAAGCAACCCGGGAUUCAUUUUUUAUUUAAAUUUUCCCUAAUAACGUGCAGAAGUCAAGGAAUCUGUAUAAAAGUGAAAAAAAUAUUUUCUGGUUACCGGAUUCACACGAACAGCUAGGACACCAUCGAAUUCAUCAAGCACUUCUAUUCGAGUGACGUUGAUUUUUUCAAAUAUUGUCUGCGCGAAAAACACUUUUCUAUCUAUCUUGGAAAACAGCGCACAAAAUUUCGCUGAUUUUACUCGUGAUACGAUACCAAUCGCCUGAAACUUUUUAUUAUAAUUCCUAUACGCCUAAGAACUCAAUACGAUUAAAAAAAAGUGCUCCGUUCAAUUCUAAGCUAGAUUUUACAGUUUUAAAAUAAAAAUAAAAAAUCAAGCCCUCCACCUUGGAACCUGAGACGUCAUCGACUGGAGAAAGCAGUAUUCAAAAUGUAAAUGAACUGUUCAAGAAAAAAAUAAUUAUUAUUUUAACAAGUAACACUUCUGGAUGUUUUUAGGUACCUGCCCUCUUCAUUUCAAAACUGACGAAAAUGCGUGUAUCGAACGUGUAUGCACAUGGAAUUCGCUGGUUUUUACAAAAUUCGGACACGAUAUCUGCAAUACUAUUUAUUUUUACACACGCGGAUUAUUCAAAAUUUAAAACACUGUGAAUGCCAAGUGUGGUGAAAUCUUCGAAUGCGUGAUUGGAUCUAUAUCCGGUGCUUUAAUUGAAUGCCAAUUUAUUUUUACACCGAUUUUUUUGCACGAUUGCGAGGGUUACUUUUCGGAUGUUCAGAAAGAUGAUAUUACAAGAAUGGGAACUGAAUUUGCAGGUGUCCCCCACGAGAACUAAUCACUAUACACGACGGACGAAAAUUGUUCGAGUGGUUUUUUGUUUCGUCAGUGGAAAGAUUCAUCAAUAUUCCAUGCUUGCGUUUCAACAACCUCUUGAAAUCUUGAUCGAGAAUAGACGUCUUGUGUUUUUUUUUUUUCAAAA